GGAGUGGAGAGAAACACAGACUUUGCAAUGUGAGCUCGGAAAAGUGUGCGAGGGUAGAAGAAAAACAAAAAAAAACAAAAAAAACAAAACAAAAGAGGGAAUAGGUGGUAAUGCCAGAGGGGCAGCAGACUGUAGACCGUCUAGGAAUCAAGCAGGUUCAGAAGCUGAAACUUCUCCACAGCUGAAGUGGUUAUUCUGGGGGCAGGCCAAGUUGAUCGUUUGGCUCCUAUGAUCCAUGCGGCCUGACUAGGCUGGACAGGUGCUCAGCUUCAGUACUCAUCUAUACCUCCUGCAGCUAUGGAGAAACAGCUGGAAGAGCUGAAGCAGCAGCUGGAAAAACAAUGUCGGAUCAACAAGGAGCUGCAGAGGCAAAACAAGGACCUGGAGCAACGGCUGAAAGACAAAGAAAAACUUUUGCAGGAGCUGCAGAGCCAGUACCAUGAUCUCGAGUUUCCCUCCCAGCCUGCUAAUGAAGCAGAGCCUGAAUUCAGGAAGAGUCGAGCCGCCGUUAUGGCCCCUGAACCAAUACCGGAGAAGCUGGAAAUUUCAGGCAACAUAGUUAAGAAGACUGCCAGUGAGACAAGUCUUAUUGUUAAAGCCAUCCAGAAGAACGACUUCCUGAGCCGCCUGGACGAUGAGCAAAUAGCCAUGAUGGUGGACCUCUUAAUGUCAUCGAACUACAAACCUAGCGAAGAAAUCAUUAAGGAGGGAUUGGAGGGAGACAGCAUGUACAUAGUGGCAGCUGGUGAACUCAUCGUGACUCAGUCGGGUCGGGACCUGAGGACUCUGACGAAAGGAGACGUUUUCGGAGAGUUAGCCAUCCUCUACAACUGCAAAAGGACAGCGACAGUCAAAGCUAAGACACAUGUGCAUCUGUGGCGCAUGGAGCGGCAGACGUACAGGACGAUUAUAACUAACAAGUCCAAGAAGAAACGAGAGCAGCUCAUGGGUUUCCUCAAGACGUCUCGUACUCUCAAGGAUCUGAAUGACGCGCAGUUGUCCAAAAUUAUUGACUCCAUGGAGGAGGUUAAGUUUCAGGAUAAAGAGGUUAUAGUUCGAGAAGGAACAGAAGGAAACACUUUCUACAUCAUCCUCAAAGGAGAGGUCCUGGUGAGCAAGAACGUGAACGGACACGAGAAGCAGAUUCGCAGGAUGGGAAAAGGGGAGCACUUCGGGGAGCAGGCCCUCAUACGAGAGAUCUUGAGAACUGCCACCUGCACGGCCGAUGGCCCUGUUACAUGCUUCUCUAUUGACAAGGAGGUUUUUGAAGAGACAAUCCCAGUAGAGCACCUCGAGCUGUUUGACGACUCCAAAGUGAUGCAAGAGGCGCAAAGUCCAGAAAAGCCAGGUCCGAGCUCCAGUCUGAAGUUUAAGGAUCUGGUUCCUGUUUUAUACCAGGAGGGACGCUAUCAAGGAGAUCCUGUCACACUUGGAGUUGGAGGGUUUGGUCGUGUGCAGCUGAUGACCACAGUGAAUCAUGGGAAAUACUACGCCAUGAAGCGAGUCAGCAAGAAGCAAAUUGUUUCCAAGAGACAGGAGGAGCACAUGUUGUUUGAGAAGAAGAUCCUGAAAGCGACCCAGUGUGACUUCAUUGUGAAACUUUAUGCAGCAUUUAAAGAUACAAGGUACAUCUAUAUGGUGAUGGAGUUCUGCGGUGGUGGCGAGAUCUGGACCAAGCUCAAAGAAGUAGGGCGAUUUGAUGAACACGUUGCUGUGUUUUGCACUGCCUGUGUGGUGGAGGCCUACGCUUACCUCCACAAGAAAAGCAUCAUGUACAGAGACCUUAAGCCUGAGAACCUGAUGCUGGACAUAAAAGGCUACAUCAAACUGGUUGACUUUGGCUUUGCGAAGGAACUGGUGCGUGGCGAGAAAACCUACUCCUUUGUGGGCACGCCUGAGUACAUGGCUCCAGAGAUCAUCAAGAACCAGGGUCAUGACUUUGCAGUUGAUUUUUGGUCACUUGGCAUCCUGAUCUUUGAACUUUUGGUGGGAAGUCCCCCAUUUUCAAGCUCGGAGCCUCAGAAGAUUUAUUCCAAAAUUUUGGAUGGAGAACUCAAGUUUCCACCUUACCUGAGCGAGGCAGCAAAGUCAAUCAUCAGCAAACUGUGCAGACCUCGGCCGGGUCAGAGGUUAGGAAACACCAAGAAUGGAAUCAAAGAUGUCCGGCAUCACAGGUGGUACAGCAGCAUGAACUGGCACAAGCUGCGUAUGGCUCAGCUCGACGCUCCAACCAUACGACUUAUCCGCAAGGGUCCCUGCUACAUCAACUUUGAUAAAUUUCCUCAGGACCACUCGGUGGCAGAAGAGGAGUUCUCUGGAUGGGACCGUGACUUCUAAUUCUCACGUUUAGGUUGAAGAAUCGAAUGGUGGGCGGUUUGUCCAUGCCAUCCCAACAAGGACCCUAAUUAAAGACACUGACCUUAGUUUAUUCAGCCUCUAAAGGGGCCAAAAGAAGAUUAAUGCUACUGGGUAUUGACAUAUCACACAACACAUUUCUUACCAAAUUUUCACACCAAUUACACUGAAGCUCCAGGGAGUCACUGUGACAAUAUGUGCGGAAGCUCCUCUGUUGCAGCGAGCGUCGGCUCACACACAAAUGUACCUCUGCAGACGAGGAGGAGGUGUAGAGGCAAAAUGGUAGGACUCUGCGUUUUCAUAUUCAGCACAGAGACACUUGGUAGCUGAUGACUAAGUGUUAAAUUCAUGAGGCACCUUGGAGCGAUUAAGGAUACUCACCAGUUGAUCAAAUGCUUCCGAUGUAAGGAAGAAUUUCAAUGAAACGUCUUUUCUUACUUUUUAAUUGUGCAGGACAAUAAAAUGAAUAUGCAUGUCACAUGUUGUGUUCAAAAAACAAUGACAGGAUCAAUCACUGUUUUGUGUACAGAUUAUAUUUCUACAUGGCAAAUAAUUUAUUAGUACGUGCAAAAGCCCUACGACAGAACCAAUAGACCCAACAGUUUUAACUCGCAUCCUUUAUUAAAGGAUAAACGCAGCCAGUUUUGUACAGUAAAUAUUAGCCGUUGUGUAUUCUGAGUGAAACCUGUUCUUAAAAAUUGUUCUGAACAACAGGGUGCUUGUGAUGUUGUUCAGAGAGAGCUUAAGAAAUGCAGAAAACCAUUCACGGUUAAAAAAAAAAAGUUCAAAAUGCCUUCAAACAGAAACUAAAAAAAGGAAGAUGAGGAAGAAAACAGAAAACUAUAAUUCAUUUAAAGAAUAACCAGAAGUAUCUGCUUUAGGGUGACCAAAGAAAGUCAGCUCUUACUAAGUGAAUACUGUAACGAUUAGAAAACAACUUUAUAAAGCCAAUAUCAUCAGUAAGGAGCCCUGACAAAGUCCAGUUGUUGUAAAAAAAAAAAAAAAAAACUACAUGGUGCAAAAGGGACCAUCAUUUUUAAAAAUUCCCAUCAGGAUUCCCUUUUUAACAUAUCACCAUACUUGAAGAGGUCAUUUUGCUUUAUCCUGAAGAGGAAGUACCGUCACACCAGUGAGCGAGCAGCAUCUUGGAUCCAGACCGACAAGAUUAACGUAAUGAAGCUGCCAGUCCAAUCCCUGAACCUUAAUCCUAGAGAAAGCUUGUGGGGUGAAACAAGCUGUUUCUGAGGCAAAAUCAAUGAUGAGGAAUCGAAUUAAAACGCCUGUUCACAGGUUGAGGAAGUUGGCGGACUCCAUGUAAUGCAGAGUUUAAACAAUUCAAAGGAAGAGUGGUUAUCCAUCAAAACAUUAGUUCCAUAAUUCACAGCUAUGUUAAAUCGUUGGUAUUUUGAAUUGUGCAUAUGGAAAAAGAAGGUAUUGUAGUUUGAGCUUUCAGCAUAAAUGUUCCUUUUUGUGCUUUGUUCUCUUGACCUGUGUGGUUAAAACUUGGUUCAUGUUAUAGCUUUGACAUUGAUAAUACUUUACUGUUUG